UUUCUUGAAGAACGCUUGUUGCAUUAAUGGUAAUGGACAGCUUUACAAAAGUUAAAAAACAAAUAAAUUUCAAAAUAAAACACGCGCAGUGAAAUGUUUCGUCGGGCGAGAUCGGCAUGGUUUGAUGAAAUAUUUCACGAUUACACCUGUUCAAAUCAGCUGGCACACAUACUACUACGGUGUUUCGUUUGACAGCUGAAAAAAUAAACCUUUCAGAAUUGCAAUCAGUGAAGCUGUGCUAUUAUUUGCUAUUGAAGAAAAAACACGCACAUCACAAAAUGCAGCAGUUAAACUACGGCUAGUGGCAAAUGUACCUUUCAAACACCAUUCAAAAGUUGUAUCGUUCAGUGGAGUAAACUACCGAGAAGCGAAUCAUUCACCGUUGCUGGACGCGGAUGUCGUCAUUUCGCCGCAUAAUGGCUCUCACGCGGUAUCAUCUGCACAAACGAACCUGUGUUGGAAUAGUGCCACUCCUGUGUGCCUUCCUGUUUGGCGUGUUCCUAACGGCACUGAUCGCCAACACCAACCCGGCCUGCGCACCGAUGGGUCGGGUGUAUGAUCCGGAGAAUUCUUACUUUCUCAUACUGCUUAUCGUGACUGCUCCCGAAAACUUCGAACGCCGGACGACGAUCCGUGAAACGUACCUGAAUUUGCGGCCCCGCAUGAUCAACGAAAGCUACCAGGAAGAGCUAAUACACAUUCCAUCGUUUAAUGACCGGGGCCAUAUAAAGCUCGAAUCGAUCGAAACGCAACGCCAGCUGCUGACCAACUACCGAGCGUGGCUACAGAAGCCGAUCAAAAACAUUAAGGUUAUUAAUUUUAAAAUCAAACCCCUGUUCGCGAUUGGCGUGCACGGGCAGCCGAAAAACAUACGACGGGCCAUCUACGAGGAGCAGCGCGUGUUUGGCGACAUUCUCGAGUUGGAAGAGUUGCAGGAUUCGUACGCAAACUUAACGAGCAAGCUGCUGCACAGUAUGCAGAAGAUCGACGCCAAGUACGACUUCCGGUAUCUCGCCAAGCUGGACGACGAUACGUACGUGAAGCUGGACGUGCUGGCAGAGGAUUUGUUGAGUUACUACGAAAAACUGCACCAAGUGCAACAGCACCAGAAAGGCAAAGGACCAAUGGAGCUGUACUGGGGUUAUUUUCGUGGAGCUGCUACCAUUCAGAAGCAAGGGGCGUGGCAGGAGAAAGAUUACGUCCUGUGCGAUCGGUACGGUCCGUACGCGCUCGGCGGAGGUUACGUACUGUCGAAGGGAUUGGUAUCGUACAUCGCUACCUAUGCCGACCAGCUGACGAUGUACAACAGUGAGGACAUUGCGGUCGGUACGUGGUUGGCACCGUUUCGAAACAUCCACCGAAGACAUGACGUGCGAUUCGACACGGCAUGGAAACCGCGGGCAUGUCAGAACUACCAUAUGCUGUUGCACAAACGUACCGCCCGGCAUAUGCGAGAUAUUUAUGCGGGGGAAAUGUGUACGCACGAGGAAGAUCAACCCUCAGGCGGGGGAACACUACCGAAGGAGUAUUUUUACGACUGGACGCAACCACCGAGCUUGUGUUGCAAAACGACAGUAUAAGACAUUGGACCAACAGUGUACCGCAACAUACAUACACCACAAGUAAGAUAUAAGCAAGUGAUUGGUUGCAAAAAAAGCACAGGACCACAUUAGGGAAGUGUUAGAAGUGUGCUAAGGGCAUAUGCAUGAAAUCUCAAAUAUAAGAGCGGCUGAAGGAUUAGCAUGUAAGCAAUAAGUUAGAAGACAGCAAGAACCAUCUUUAGGUGUAGAGGUCAAUCGUAACUAACAUGGCAGCUACCACGCACGCACACACACACCCUGCGGAAACCAGUUGACUUAAACCAGGUGUAAUAAAUUAUUUGUACCAAAAAUCAA